UCCCUCAAGCACUCUGGAGACGACCUCUCUAAGUUUGCUGUGUGAAAGGAAGAAUGAAGCAAGAAAUAAAGCAGGGAAGGAAGCAAGGAAGGUCUUGAAGUUGGUCGAGGAGACUUGAGCGUGGUGGCGGCUUUUGAAGAGAUAAGACGAGCACGCACACACUGACAGUUUGGUGCGCGCGCACACUGCAGAGGCGUGCGGGAGGAAGAAGGUGGAACAACGGGAUUUCGCAAUUGUCUGGCUUUUUAUUUGUCACGUGUUACCGAGCCGAGCCAGGACCCCGCCCAGAUCAAGGCAGGGCAGCACCUGCACGAUCUGCAGGAUCGUGCAAUCUGCAUGAUGAUUGGCGAUAUGUGAUGGGAUUUACCCGUUUGGAUGUUUGAUUGAUGACGGGACAGCUGUGUCGGUCCCCCCCACCUUUCGUCUCCCCCGACUGACCAUCCACGACCGAGGACCCCCACCCCCCCAAGCAGCCCCUGGCACGGAAUCUUUGGAUGUCCUCACGAUGAUGGCCGCCGACGGACACCCGGACAAGCCAAUGAUGGCCCGGUGCUGCCUUUAGCUUCGCCUCCACAGCCACGCUCACGUGAAGAGGACCGCCCCCUCCAUCGCCGCUCAGGAGUUUGACCAUGGGGGGCCCGUCGCCGCCCCCGCUGCUCCUGGUCCUCCUGGCGGCGUGCUGGCUCGUCCGCCUGGGCGCGGCGUCGUCGUCCAUGUUGUGUCCCAAGCGCUGCACGUGUCAGAACCUCCUGCCGUCCUACACGGUUCUGUGCGCUAAGACGGGUCUGCUCUUCGUGCCGUCCAACAUCGACAGACAGACGGCCGAGCUGCGCCUCAUGGACAACUUCAUCACUACGCUGAGGCACCGAGACUUCGCCAACAUGUCCAGCCUGAUCCACCUGACGCUGAGCCGUAACACCAUCAGUCAGAUCCGCCCGUUGGCCUUCGCCGACCUCCAGAAUCUCCACGCCCUCCACCUGGACGCCAACCGUCUGACCACGCUGGACGACGCCCACUUCCAGGGCCUGGUCAACCUGCGCCACCUCAUCCUCGCCAACAACCAGCUGCACCGCAUCUCCCAGGGAGCCUUCCAGGACUUUCUGGAGACACUGGAGGACUUGGACCUGAGCUACAACAACUUGGUGGACGUCCCGUGGGAGACCAUCUCCAUGCUGGUGAGCGUCAACACGCUCAGUCUGGACCACAACCUCAUUGAGAGCGUUCCCGAGGGAAUCUUCUCCAACCUGCACAAGCUGGCCAGGCUGGACAUGACGUCCAACAAGCUGAAGAAGAUCCCGCCCGACCCGCUGUUCCUGCGCAUCCCCGUCUACGCCAAGAUGAAGGGCUCGCCGCUGACGGCCUUGGUUCUGAGCUUCGGUGGGAAUCCACUGCACUGCAACUGCGAGCUAGUUUGGUUACGGCGGUUGACCCGCGAGGACGACCUGGAGACCUGCGCCUCCCCGAGAGACCUCGCUGGGAAGUACUUCUGGACCAUCAGAGAGGAGGAGUUUGUGUGUGAGCCUCCGAUGAUCACUCGCCACACAUCCAAGAUGUUUGUGAUGGAGGGCCAGGAGGUGAGCCUGCGCUGCAAGUCCAUGGGCGACCCGGAACCGUCCACCCACUGGGUGAGCCCCGAAGGGAAACUGAUGGGCAACACGUCGCGCAUUGUCUGCUACGAUAACGGCUCGCUCGACAUCCUCAAGGCUUCCGUCAAGGAUUCGGGAAAGUUCACGUGCAUCGCGUCCAACGCAGCCGGCGAGGCCACGGCGCCGGUGGAGCUGGUGGUCAAACCCUCGCCGCAUUUCGAUCCCAAGCCGGAGGCGGACCCCGGGCCCUCGGACAUCGCCACGUCCAUCAAGUCCAACACAAGCUGGGGUCAGGCACACGUCACCCAGCCGCGGGUCAGCGUGUCCGAGCUCACGUCCAGCAGCGCCCUCGUCACGUGGCCCGCGCAGAACCACAUUCCCGGCGUGCGCACGUACCAGAUCCAGUACAACAGCUCCGCCGACGACGUUCUCAUCUACAGGAUGAUACCAGCCAAUCACAAGUACUUCCUGCUAAGCGACCUGGCGUCCUCCCGCGACUACGACUUGUGUGUCCUCGCCGUCUCCGAUGACGGCGUCACCGCCUUGACCGGAACCAAGAUGGUGGGAUGUGUCGCCUUUGCCACGGAACCGGAAUACGGACGAUGUCACUCCAUACGUGACCAGUUUUUGGGCGGCACCAUGAUCCUGAUCCUGGGUGGCAUCAUCGUGGCGUCCGUUUUGGUUUUUAUCUUCAUCCUGCUGAUGAAAUACAAACUGCACAGCAACCAGGACCACAAACACAACGCCAACGCCCGACACGCCCACGUCUGCUCACAGACCAAUGGGGGCGGAGCCAACACCCUGCCACCUGUGGGACAAGGUGAUGGGGGGGGUGCUCACAAAGGCUGCCGACUGUCGCCUGUCGUGGAUUUAAACGCCGCCCACGACGACGGCGACGACGACGCCUCGCAAUAACAAACAUAAUGAACUGUCAAUCAAAUCCAAUAUUCCACAGCCCCUCCCCGUUUUUCUUUUGGUUUGCCGCUGGCGCCCGGAGCCGAGCCGGGCGGGGCAGUGAGGAGCGACGCCCGGCACUGCUUUGUCCUCUUUGCAGGUGCCUUCCUGGUCACAAGGUCUACGUGACGAUCCCUCUGUCCCCCCAAACUCAGAAACAAAGGGGGUUUACACCAGAUGGUCUGGUCCAACGAGGAUUUCUUUGGACUUUUUAGAUGCCCCGACGCCGCUCGACCCCUUCGGCAGUAUCCGCGACGCCAAAGUAAACAAUGUCCCGGAAAGAAUAUUAUUCCAUGAAGAACUUUCCGCAAGCGACAUUCUGUAAAGAGCAGCCAAUAAGGAACGUUCUGUGAAGAACGUUCUACUAAAAACGCUCCAUAAGGAAUGUUUUGGAAGAAGGUUCUGUGAAGAACAUCCCCGCUGAAGGAGGUCUUCGAGUCUUCAUAUUUGUGUCACUUUCUGUCUAGCUCUAUAGUGUUUGAAAGGGUUUGAACAGGUUCUGGAAUGAACAAUCUAACUAAGAAGUUCUCCGUCAGCUAAUCAUGUUCAGCACACUGGAGCUCUUCUUGGUUGCUUUGAUACUCAGCACAACACUUCACCCUGUUUGCUUUCACUGAAAGACAAAUGUGGGACUUGUAAAGAAAGAAAUAAAAAAAUUAUUUUUAUUGGAAAAGCUGUUGACACGCAUGCACAUUCUUAGCCAGGGAGAUGAGGGUGGC